UCAAAGGUGGAGACAAAAACCACAAUGAUGAGACUCACGAGAAUCACAAAAAUCCAGCGUUUGAACCUUCAGACUGCGACUGUAGAGAUAUUUCUCCAGAGGAGGCUACUUCAAACACCGCCGAAGUUAAUGCUCCCCUUCAGAGGACACACCGCAUGGUGAGGAGUCAACAUGAUGGCGGCGACCUCAACAGACGUUUUGGAGAAAGCACCUGCACUCUGUUCUCAAAGAUGGAACCUCGCCAUAUUGUCUUUCUUUGGCUUUCUCAUCCUGUACGUCACUCGCGUGAACCUGAGUGUGGCCAUCAUCUGCAUGGUGCGCGCGCCAAAACUCAACGUCACCUCGGACAAUCACAGAAUCUUGGGUAAACAUGGACCCUCCCUCAACCACACCACUACUUUGCCCCUCGUCACUGCAGGCAACAGGACCACAGAGGAUGAUGGGAUCUCUGGAAGUGACUGCAGUCUGGAAAUCCUCAAAUCAGGCUUGAGUUUGAACGAUUGUGAGUUUGACUGGGACAAGAGGACUCAAUCUAGCCUUUUGGCCAUGUUUUUCUAUGGGUACAUCUUCACUCAAAUUCCGGGUGGCUGGCUGGCCGGUCGCUAUGGUGGGCAGCUCGUGUGGGGGGUCAGUCAGGCCGUCUGUGCCGUGUGCACCCUGGCAAUGCCACUGGCUGCACGUGCUAACGUCUACCUGGCCUACGCCCUUAGAUUUAUUCUUGGAUUAGGAGCGGGUGUUACUUUUCCAUGCAUUCACGCAAUGAUGGGCAGGUGGGCGCCGAAACUGGAGAGGAGCAAAUUAGUGUCCUUCAGCUUCUCUGGCGCAGCAACAGGUAACGUCCUCACCUUCUCCCUGUCGGCUCUCCUGUGUGUCUACGGCUUUGACAACGGCUGGGGCUCCAUCUUCUACCUGUCUGGGUUAGGUAACCUCCUGUGGGUCGUGGUGUGGUUCAUGGUGACGGCCGACACACCAGCGAAACACAAGAGGAUCAGCGAGGCGGAGAGGAACUACAUAGAGACUUCCAUUGGCGAGUCCCAAGUAAAAAAGGAAACCUUGCCGACCCCAUGGCGAGCCAUCUUCACAUCAGGUCCUGUCUGGGCAUGCAUCAUUGCUCACAUGUUGAAUAAUUACACGGGCUACACCAUGCUGACGUCACUUCCGAGUUUUAUGAAAGAGGUGUUGAAGUUUGAUAUUAAACAGAAUGGAGCUCUGUCGGCCGUGCCCUACAUCUGUACGUCUUUGGUGUCGGCAACAUCAGGACAGGUGGCGGACAAGUUGAGAGCUAAGGGAAUCCUCAGCACCAAGAACACAAGGAAACUCUUCCAGGUGAUGGCAUUUGUGGGAGGCGCUGUGUGCAUCGUUUGUGUGGCCUACCUGAACUGUACUCAACGGGGUCUGGUCGUCUUCCUGCUGUGUUUGUGCUUUUCGUUCCUGGGCCUCAACACCUCGGCGUACUGCGUCAACCACAUUGACCUCGCUCCCAGGCACGCUGGGGUGUUGUUUGGCAUCACCAACACCGCAGCUACAAUACCGGGAAUGAUCGCACCGCUGGUUGUGGGAGCCCUGACACCAAACGGAACAGCUGAAGAAUGGCGUCGCGUGUUUUUCGUGUGCGCUGGCCUGGCCGUUGUGGGAGCCAUCUUGUACUCCAUUCUGGCAGACGGAGAGUUGCAGAGCUGGGCGCUCCCUCCGGCCAUGGAGUACAUUGUCACUGACAUUAAGGGGGGAAAGGAAGAUGGCAAAGAAUACCUCGAGAAUCACCAACUCGAGUCUUUUCCACGUGCAGACACCUAUGUAAAGGAGGACACCCUAGAUGGCGCCGGUGUACAGUCCCUUAUCAAACCAAGUAAAGAUGCUGUGCAACCUUAGAAUGGAGGUGUUCAAGAACUAUUCCUGACUGCAAAAAGCAGCCUUGCCUGGACAUGCUUUUCUUAUCUGCGCCGUGCCGAGCCUGGAGAGACGGAAAUCAAAGGAAAACUCCAAAGUAAACCUGUCUGUGGUGUUGAUGUAGUGUCGACUUGAGGAACCAGGCACCUGAUGUCGUAUACUGCAAAAUCUCACUGACAGCAAACGCGAUGUUUAAGAGGAAAUACUUGAGAAACAUGUUUUGUCUUUGCUGUUCUAUUCCAGAUUCUACUAAAUCAUGAUUUGCCAAGUUUUACAUCUCUCAAGGUAAAGAAGUAGUCUUGUUACUUGUACACUUGGCUGAUAUAACAACAUUGAUAUCCGGUUGUGUAUAGUCUGGCCUAGCUUUGUCUCCAUCUUUGUGUAAGUGGUUGUCCUUUAGUUUUCUACCCAUGUAUACGUGGCUUUGAUAUAUGGUGAGUGUCAAUAGAAGACAUUUUUAAUGGUGUUACAAUGGUAUGGGAGAGACAGAAGCUGGUUUAUUCAGCAAGAAACAUGGAGCUGGCUGCACAACAACUUUUAAUUUUAACUCUAUUUAUAUAAUCUGUUUAUAAUUGUUUUAAAUAAGAUAAAACUGAUUAAGCCAGGCUUCGUUCCAGUCAGCACAUUUUUCUUAUGCGCAUGUGCAACUCAUCUUAAUCGUAAAGGAGUGACUUUUAACAAAACAUUUCUAACUUUUCUUCUUUAGAACAGUUUUAAGUUUUAGAAACAUGUUGUGUGACUAACUCAGGGAUAAGAAAAGGCCUGCCAGGGUAUUCUCUGUGUAUUUGUCUUCUUUGUCAAGUAAAUGUGAAAAAGCACUACAAUGUGCCCAUCACAAUAUCAA